AUGUUAAAGAUAUCAAGAUCAUCAUCAAUAUUCAUUUUUAUGCUAUUGUAUCAUACUUCUACCAAUGUUCAAUUUAUAAAUGGUCAACGUCCAACUACUUUCGAGCCAUUGACAUCAAGUGACUAUUGUGAAACAUUACAAUAUGCAUUGUUGUUUUAUAAGUAUAAUAGAGCAGGUGAAUUGCCAAACAAUUUCGAAAUACCAUGGAGAGGAAACUCUGUACCACAAGACGGUGACUUUUGUAAUGGAUACUUUGAUGCCGGUGACACCGUUAAAUUCGUACUGCCAAUGGCAUCGGCCAUGACCAUGUUGAGUUUUUCAUUCUUGGAAUUCGAGAGGAAUGUAGAGGCUUGCGGCCUUACAGAGUUGUUCCUCGAUGACAUCCGACAUGGAACCGACUGGCUAAUGGUGGCACACCGCUCGCCAAACGAGAUGGUCGCACAAAUCGGUAAUGCAAAGAGUGAUCAUGAAAUAUGGGUUCCACCUGAACUAAACAACUUGGAACGUCCUGUCUAUUGGCUCAAUCCUGAGACGCCAGGCACUGAGGUGGCUAUGGAAGCAUCGGCAGCACUGGCGGCUGCAUCGAUUGUAUAUAGAACAAGAGAUGCUGGCUAUUCAGAGAAACUACUUCAGCAUUCAAAGCAGCUUCAUGAAUUUGCUUACAAGUAUCAGGGAAACUACAGUGAAGCACUUCCCUUGACAGAGCGUGGCUACUAUCUCUCCACAUCCGGCUAUAAUGACGAGAUUGUUUGGGCAACUAUAUGGUUGUAUCGCGCCACUGGCGAUAAGAAGUAUUUCGACGACGCCAAGUCGUAUUAUAAGCUCUAUGGCAUCGGUCCAACUUCGCGUACGAACGUCUCGAUGAGUUGGGAUCAAAAGUCGCCUGGCUCUUCGCUUCUAAUGGCAAAGCUAACGAAUGAACCCGAGUAUCACGGGGAUAUUGAGGGUUAUUUUGAUAAUUGGUUACCAGGUGGGGUUAUUUCGAAAACCUAUGGUGGGUUGGCACACUACGACGACUGGGGUUCCUGUCGGUAUGUCGCCAACACUGCAUUCCUGGCGAGUGUCUACGGUGACAGCCGCUACACUGGCUUUACAAAACAACAGAUUAACUAUCUGCUCGGUGACAAUCCGCAGCAUCAGUCAUACGUAGUCGGUAUCGGGCCAAACUUCCCGGGUGCACUAGUCGGUGGACCCUAUCUGAAUGGAUCGUACAGUGACAACCGACUGGAUUUCUUUGAGAAUGAAGUCGCUCUCGAUUACAACGCUGGCUUUGUUGGAGCGUUGGCAUAUCUUGUCAACCCAAAGGUGGGCGACGCACUUACCAUUCGUAGACCGACACCGGCCAAAGAUCUCCAUCCCAAGCUCUGGGAAACUGAUACCUGGUUGAACAACGAGGCACAUCAAUAUCUAUCGACACCGGCGUCACCCGUAUACAUCCCAGCGGCAACAACUCCACCACCGGGAAUGCCAUCGACCACACUUCCCGGAACAUAUCCACCGACAUCGACAGCUCAUCCAUCAACUCCCACAACAACAGACAACCUCCCACCUACUACCACUUCAUACUCUACUUCAUCCAUCCUUAACCCAACAACCAUUCGUAAUAUACUUAUUGGUUUACUAUUAAUUAUAAUUCUAUAA